CCUUGCUCCGCUCCGCUCCCCGACGCCCGCGCCGACGCCGGCUCCGGCUCCGGCUCCGGCUCCGCGGGCGUACGGUGCCCUGGGCGGCGGACAGCGCGCGGCCGCGCAGGGCAGCGCAAGGCGACGGCGGCGGCGCGGCGCGUGAUUGGCUGGCGGCCACGGGAGGCCGGGCGGGGAUUGGCUCCCGAGCUGCCUUUGUUCGGCUGCAGCCACUGCCGCAGGGCAGCGGAAGUUUGAGCGCAGUGGCGGCGGCGUGUGAACGGCAUCGCACCGCCCCGCCCCGCACCUGAGAGCCGCCGCGGGGAGCUGCCUCGGCUCCCGGCCAGGAGGCAACAUGGACUUGGAGAGUAAAGUGAAAAAGAUGGGGUUAGGCCAUGAGCAAGGAUUUGGUGCUCCCUGCUUAAAAUGCAAGGAUAAGUGUGAAGGAUUUGAGCUUCAUUUCUGGAGAAAAAUAUGCCGCAACUGCAAAUGUGGCCAGGAAGAGCAUGAUGUCCUCACAAGCAAUGAGGAAGAUCGGAAAGUGGGGAAACUCUUUGAAGAUACAAAAUACACAACCCUUAUUGCAAAGCUGAAAAAUGAUGGCAUUCCCAUGUAUAAACGUAAUGUGAUGAUACUGACUAAUCCAGUGCCAGCCAAGAAGAAUAUAUCCAUCAAUACUGUCACUUAUGAGUGGGCUCCUCCUGUUCAGAAUCAGACACUUGCUAGACAGUAUAUGCAGAUGCUUCCAAAGGAGAAACAGCCUGUUGCUGGCUCAGAAGGCGCACAGUACAGGAAGAAACAGUUGGCAAAGCAGCUGCCCGCUCAUGAUCAGGAUCCUUCAAAAUGCCACGAGCUAUCUCCCAGCGAAGUGAAGCAGAUGGAACAAUUUGUGAAGAAGUAUAAGAACGAGGCACUCGGCGUAGGAGAUAUCAAGCUUCCUGGUGAGGUGGAAGCUAAAGCUACCGAGAAGAAUAACGUGAAUAAUGGUGACAGAGGCACCUCAGCUGCUGUAGGAGCAAUGGAGGGCAAGUCAGCAGAUCAGAAGGCAUCUCAGUAUUUCUGCUAUCGCUGCAAACUGAACAUGAAAGAAGGUGACCCAGCUGUCUACGCAGAGCGUGCUGGGUAUGACAAAUUGUGGCACCCAGCUUGUUUUGUCUGCUGCACUUGCAGUGAACUUCUAGUAGACAUGAUCUAUUUCUGGAAGAAUGGUAACCUGUACUGUGGAAGACAUUAUUGUGAUAGUGAAAAACCUCGCUGUGCUGGAUGUGAUGAGCUAAUAUUCAGCAAUGAAUAUACCCAAGCGGAAGGUCAAAACUGGCAUCUGAAGCACUUUUGCUGUUUUGAUUGUGAUUGUGUUUUGGCUGGGGAAAUCUAUGUAAUGGUGAAUGACAAGCCUGUCUGUAAACCAUGCUACAUGAAGAACCAUGCUGCGAUCUGCCAAGGCUGUCAUAAUGCUAUAGAUCCGGAAGUUCAACGUGUGACGUACAACAACUUCAACUGGCACGCUACUCAGGAGUGCUUCUUGUGUUCCUGUUGCAGCAAGUGCCUAAUUGGCCAGAAGUUUAUGCCAAUAGAAGGAAUGGUCUUUUGCUCAGUGGAAUGUAAGAAAAAGAUGAUGUCUUAAGAGAAAGAAGACAUACACAAAACUAAGUGUUGCUGUGUUCCAAAGUCUCUUGCAUUUCUACUGUAAAGUAUAUAGUACUGGGGCAUUUAAAGGUAUUGAAAGUAUUAAACAGCAUUUUCCCAAAGACUUUUUUUUUAAAUGAGUAGAAAACAUGCUCUGUAAUCUUCAAUCCUUAGCUAUGAUAAUAUUUUCCUCUUUGGGAUUUUGUUCCUGAGUCUUUAUGUAAAAUGUUUUUCUAUCACAGAAAUAUAGGAAAAAAGUGUUACAAACUGUAUACAGGUUAAGGGAGCUCUUCACCACGAAGGAUCUUUUUGCUAUGUCUUGUUUAAUAGAAGAAAAUGUGAAAUAUGCUCCCUUUUUUCUUCCUAUAUGUUAAAUGAUAAAUAUAGCUCUUACACUUUGACAAAUUAAUUUAUCAUUUUUAAUAAUCUCCCUGCUUUCAUCAAGCACUUUAAACAAAAUGAUCAACUUCACUGCCACAUGCAUUUUUGUUCACUAGACCUCAAGCAGGCAGGGAGAACAAAGUUUAAAUAAAUAAAUAAAAGGUUGCCUGUAACUGCUUGCUCUUGCUUGCUCAUUGUUGACACACAGGCUAUUGAGGGAUAGUGAGUACUCUAACAUCUAGUUUAUGGAGUACCUAGAAAAACAAUCUUAGCUCAUAUUACUCUUUUUUUUUUUUUUUCUUGCAACUUUUCUUACCUAGAGAUGUCUUCAUUUUAUAAAGAUUAAAGUUACUUUGAUUUUUGUUUUUGGGGGGGGGGAGAUGAUUAUUGAAGUUCUUGCCCAAAAUAAGAAAAAAAAUUUUUUUUGACUUGUCUUGGUGGGUUUCAUUUUUGUUCUUUCAGAACUGAUUUCUGUUUUUAUGAAUGUUCUUUUCAUAAAUUGUGCCUUCUGUCAGAGGGAUGUGGCACAGAAUAGCAUAUGUAUUUCUGAGAAUGUCGUUCUACAGAAUAGCAUAUGUAUUUCUGAGAAUGUCAUUCUGCAAAAGGAAACCAAAGCAGAAAAGUCUUCCCAUGAGACUUCCAGUAUUUGAGUAAAAAAAAAAAAAAAAAAAAGAUUGGCUGUAUACUAGCUUUUUAGCUUACUAGAGAAACCAAAUGAAUUGUUUCUUGUGGUUCCCUUUCUUAAGGAUUACAGUGAAACUUUAACUAUCUCUCUGAGCUAAACAACAAAUGGAGAGUCUUCAACCUUGGAGAGGGAGGUGGGGAAAAAGACUAUGCAAGUUUUAUGUUCAGCUCUCUUUUUAAGCUUUAUGAUGCCUAUGUUGUAACACUUGAAAAUAAAAAUUAGUGUUGCUCA